AUGGUAACAAAAAAAAAUUUUGGACCUUGCUCAGUAGAUAAUUGUACAUAUAGAAAUGUUAGUUUUCGUUUAAUUACAGAACUUGCAUACCAGAAAUGCCAAAAGGAAAAUACAUUAGAAACAUACCCUUAUCUUGAAAUAGGAAAACAACUUUGCCAUUUACAUUAUUGCAAAAUAGUGGAAUCUAAUAGAAAUAGAAAUAAAAAAAGAAGGUUAAAAAGCCAAGAAUGCAGUAGGAAGAAAGUCACAAAUGAAGAAGAAGCUUUGUAUAGAGAUCCCACUUUCGCAUCAAAUAUCAAAAUAUUAACAACUGUAUUAUUCAACAAAUAACGUCGAGAAUCUGCUGGUUUGGAAUUGGAUCCAGUACAAUUUCAACUUAUGAUUGAAGAUGCUAAUCCCGAAUUAAAAGGAUUCUUUCCUUCAAUGGUUAAUGCUAUUAUUCCUAAAGACCGAUCAGAAUAUAAUAAACAGGAAGCCAAAAAAUCAAUUGUUGCUCUAUGUUAUAUAAUUGCUGGUUUGCGUAACAAAUUCGUUAACCAAUUCAAGACAGAAGUUGGAUUGUAUUUGGUAGCAUCAGGUGCUACAUGGGAAGCUAUUGAUACAUUAUCAAGUAUUGGAUAUUCAGCUUGUGCUAAAACAGUUAUGGACUAUCAGAAGAAGAUUCAAUUGAAUCACAUAACCAAGAUUGAAGAUCACUUUUUGGAAAAGGGAGAUUGCCUGCAUAUUUAUAACAUAGAUGAUUAUCAUGACAUUCAUGAAAAGCGUAGACCAGAUACAGUGACAACAUCAACGGCAAAGCAUUUUUCUACUUGCGUAGCAAAACCUGUUAUGGAAUGCUUUGCAGUACCAAUUGUAUUUAAUGGAGUAUCUGUUCACAAUCCAAAUAAUGUUGAAGCACCAAGAAUUUGUUGGUAUUUGCUUAACAAAUAUACUGGAAACUUUGAUAUCACAUAUACAGAACGUCAGAUAUAUUGGAUUUCACAAGGAUAUCAAAACGCUAAUACUUUUGAUCGUAUUGAACUUUUAACUAUUCAUUGUUAUGAUGAUGCUAUUGCAGAGCGAAAGGAUGAAAGAUCAAUGAAAGAUCUUCAAUUAAUUGGCUUUAAAGAACAGCAUUUACAUUCAAUGCAGGACUACUUGAAUGCUUUACAAAUGAUUUUAACUAUAAGUAGAAAAACAGAAUAUUUGGAUAAUUAUGUUGCACCUAUUGUUGCAGAUUGGCCAGGUCAGCUGUUUAUCAGAAAAGCAUUAACACAUCUGCAUGCAUUAGGAUUACAAUCUGCUAUUCCAAAAGAAAUUGAAUCUUUUAUACCGAUGCUAGGUCCACUUCACCUUUCACUCAAUAGUAGAGAACAUGUUAUGAUAAUUCAUCAUUCUUUUUUUGAACAAAUGUUUCAUUUUGUAUUUGGCAAAAAUAAAAAGCUGGCAAAAAAACCAAAGCCUUGGAGAAUUAACCUUCUCUUGGAACUUGCGCGAAGUGGUUGGGUUAAAAUUAAAAAUGAGGUUAUGCAAAAAUUUGGUUCAACAUGCAAAGAUGUUGAAUAUCGAACUGUAAUUGACUUAUUAGACAAUCUUAUUCCAGCUACACUUUAUGUAUAUGCAGUUUUAUUUCGCUCAGAUUUAUUUUAUUGGCAAGAUAACCAUCACCCAUUUGCUGAUGCAAUUAAAAAUUAUUUACCAUGUUUUAAUGACUAUUACGUUGAAAACACUCAUAGCCGAAUAAGAGCAAAUACAUCUUCAAAUGCUACAGCUGAAACCAUUAUAAAACAGGCUUAUGUUAUUGCGGAUCAUGAUCCUAUCUUUAAAGAUACAUUUCGCAAAACUCGCAAUUAUUCGUACAAUCUAUCUACACUUAAAUUCCUGUCUGAUAAGACCAGUCUCUUCCUACUUAAUUACUUCCGUAAUAUAUUUCAUAACCAAAAUAAUAGCACUCCCUUGUACAAUAAUACAAGAAAAAAAGAAAAAAAAUUAAGAGGAUACAAACUUGCUACUUUAGGAAAGGAAGUUGACUUGCGUCACCUACCAACAGCAUACAGUACGUCCUAUUUACCAAAGUCAGGAUUAUGUGAUAAUUGUGGGCUACCAUUGAACAAUAAUGGAGUAGUUUUUGCUUGUGGUCAUGGUUAUCAUCCAGUUUGUUACGGUAGAAGAUGUGUUUAUUGUGAAAAUUUUUAUAAGAAAGGUAUUUUUGAAAAUGUAAAUUCGUUUUUAAAAAGAGUUGAAAAAGGAACAGAUACGCUUACACAGGAUGAUUUAGAUGACGAAAUUAAUGAAGAGGAAGAGGAAGAAUCAGAGGAAACAGCAGAUGAAGAAAUAGAUGUAUCUGCUACAUUAGAAGCAGCAAUUAAUAAUAUAAAUUACUGGUAAUAAUAGUAGUAAGAAUUAAACUUUUUGUAUUAUAUAAUAAUAAAUAAUAAAUCAUUGACAAUUUAUAAUACCAAAC